AUGUUGCACUCAAAUGAUCCAUUACAAUCCAAUGAUACUUUAAAGAAUAUGACGGCGUAUACCAAUGAACACAAGGAAUAUCAACAUGCAAGUUUUUGGAAUCCAAACUAUGUUAAAAAUCACAAUCCAAGUCUAUCAAAAAAUACUGUUCAAAUACCACCUGAUCAACCCUCUGCUCAUGUGCACUCACAACAACAACCAUUACAGAACCAAAAUAAUCAGCCACACUUUAAUAAUCCGUGGAGAACUGAAGAUAUAGAUAGCACUGUAAAACAAGUAUUACAGCCACCACAAGUUUUUGAAUCACAAAAUUAUGAAACAACAGGAGACCCUAGCGAAGACCAAAUAGAAGGUUAUAAGAGAAGAAAGUCGAGUCUCAUUAUUCCACCUACUAGAGCAGCUGCUCCAAAUUUAUUUGAAUAUAAUAAACCUGAUCUAAUAACCAGUAAUCACUUCAAUUUAAACAUUAAUAAUGAUCCGAAUUUUCGUCGUAAUAGUGUCGCUACAACAUUUUCGAACUACACUGGAUCUACUUCGGUGAAUGCUAAUUCAUCAAACAUGAGUCAACAACAACAAAGACAAGCAUUAUUUUUUAAACAACAGCAACAGCAGCAACAGUUAAAUAAUCGAUUUGUUCCAUCUUUAUAUAAUUCUCAAGAAUAUCAAAGAAGACAAAGUUUAGCCACUAACACUUAUUCAGACAGCCACCCUAAUAUUUCUACAACUAGGAGUAAUAAUAAUAAUAGUGUAAUGUAUGCUAAUUCAAAUGGAAUAUCAAAUUUAAAUCCAUCAGUAUAUAACAAUAAUAUUUCUCAUACAUCAAUCCAUAACACGCCAAUAAAUUAUACUGGUUUUACAUAUACGCCGUCUAUCUCACCAUUUAGACGUUCAAGUGCAUACCCAACUAGUGCUGGUUUAGUAACGUUGCAACCACCUUUAAAACAAAUACGAAAGGAGGAUUUAUUCCAAAAACAACAAUUAACAAUACCACAAAUGAAAAAAUGUGUUACAAAACACGAUUUGAAACCAAUUGUCAAUGACAAACCCUUGUAUAGAAGAGCGUCUGUGCAUUCCGAAGCCAUAUCUCCUUUAAGAGGAUUAACUAAAAACUUAAUAACGACUUAUCAAUUAUGUUCUCCUGAUUUUGUGUAUCAAACGUCAAAAAAUCCAAAAAGAGUAUUAACAAAACCCAGUGAACCAAAAUAUAAUGGUGGAUAUGAUAAUGUGAAUAGUGAUUAUAUUUUGUAUGUAAACGAUGUUUUAGGAACAGAACAGAAUAGAAAAUAUUUAGUACUUGAUAUAUUGGGACAAGGUACAUUUGGUCAAGUUGUUAAAUGCCAAAACUUACUAACGAAGGAAAUAUUGGCGGUUAAAGUUAUCAAAUCAAGAUCUGAAUACUUAAAUCAAAGUAUUACAGAAGCUAAAAUUUUGGAAUUAUUGAAUAAAAAGAUAGACCCUAAUAAUAAACAUCAUUUUUUAAGAAUGCAUGAUUCAUUUGUUCAUAAAGGCCAUUUAUGUCUCGUAUUUGAAUUAUUAAGUAACAACUUAUAUGAACUAUUAAAACAAAAUCAAUACCAUGGCUUAUCAAUGCAACUUAUUAAGAUAUUCACCAAACAAAUGUUAGACUCCCUUUGUGUUUUAAAAGAUAGUAAACUAAUACAUUGUGAUUUGAAACCUGAGAAUGUUCUAUUAUGUUCUCCAGAUAAGCCAGAUAUUAAAGUUAUCGAUUUUGGAUCUUCUUGUGAAGAAACUAGGACUGUGUACACUUAUAUCCAAUCAAGAUUUUAUCGUGCACCAGAAAUUAUAUUAGGAAUACCCUAUUCGACUAGUAUAGAUAUGUGGUCUUUAGGUUGUAUUGUAGCUGAAUUAUUUCUGGGAAUUCCAAUUUUUCCAGGUUCUUCUGAAUUUAAUCAAAUAACUAGAAUUGUAGAAACUUUAUCAUAUCCACCAAAUUGGAUGUUAGAGAUGGGCAAAAAUACAAGUAAAUUUAUGGUAAAAUUGAACCAAGAAGAACUACAUUGUGUUAGACAUAAAUAUAGACUGAAGUCUGUUGAAGAAUUCAAUACUGAUUUUAAGAAUGCAAAUGAAAAACCUGGGAAACAAUAUUUUAAAUGGUUGAAGUUAAAUGACAUAGUAAUGAAUUACAGGAUUCCUAAGCAUAUCCAACAUUCGAACGAAUUGAUUAGACAGGAAUUGAAACAACGUGAAUGUUUGAUUCACUUCCUAAACGGUUUAUUAAAUAUAAAUCCACUAGAAAGAUGGACGCCACAACAAGCGUCGUUACACCCCUUUCUCACAGAACAGCCAUUUAACGGUGAUUGGUAUCCACCUGGCUACUUACCAUCCAUACCUAAAAGUUUUCAAGGGAAUGGCCACAAUUCUAACGGUGCAAGCAACAAUAUUGUAGAUCCAUUAACACAGGAUCAAAUUAUAUCAAAAUCACAAAUUCCAGAUGAUUUUUUAGACAUUGAAAUGUCUGAUUCAAGAAAUGACGUUGUCAAUAAUACAAAAGUAGAUGUAGUCACAAAUUCACAUAAUGUAAAUGUUACAACAUGUAAAUUAGAAGGUCACACUGCCGAUACUUCAUUGACUGCACCUAAGGGAGCCACUAAAAAAUUUAAUGAUUUAACGAUAAAAGAGGAUUAA